CGCUCUGUGCACUUUGAAAGAAAGUACGCUGCUAUUUCCCUCUACCCACCCGCUCUCUCCCCGCGGCCACGCAGCACUCCCUCCACCCCUCUCCCUCGAAAACAUUGCGAACUUCUCGAACCUCACCGCCUACGGCACACUUCGAUCUACGGCACACUGAGGAGGCUCCUGCAGGCCACCUCGGCACCGCACUCGCUUCACAAUGAACAACCAGCAGCAGGGCAACCGCCUGCAGCUCAACUUUGGCUUUGGUGGUGGGGGUGACCGCAACAACCAGUAUGCCCAAGAGCAAGGCCGCGCGUUUCCCACGACGCCGUCGACAUUCCCGCAGCCUGUGUACCCAAACCAGGCUGGCCAGCAGGAAGUUUGGGGUGCGCAGCAGCAGAUGGGCGGCAAUGGCUACGGAGGCUACUUCCAGAGCCCCUACCAGCAGGCCCAAUACCAAGGGCAGCAGGGGAACCUGCAAGCUCCAGGUUCAGCUCGCGCCUUUGACCAGAGCCCUAACGGUCUAGCCCAGCAGCUAUCACAGCAGCACCUCGGAGGGGGCAGCAACCGCUCUGGGAGCUCCUACGGCCGCCAGCCCUCGCCAAGCCAGCAGCGACCCCGUACUGCUGACAACCGCGGAUAUGGAUACGGAAGCUAUGGAGGCGGCUCUGCACCCCGCCAGCCGUCACAGUCAUUGUACGAGGAGGAAGCGCCGGCCAGAAACCCUGAGAAGUACUCGAGCAACGUCGCCCAGCAAGCAACAAUGUCGAAGGGUCUGAUCAAUACCUUCUUCAAGGAUAGUGUUCAGCGAGCACGCGACCGCAACCAGAGAGCAUUGGAACUUGAAUCCAUCAUGAAGGAGCCUUCGAUCUCCGACAACCGCAAAGCCCAGAAGGAGAACAACAUGCGCGGUGCUGAGAUUCAAUACCUGCGAUUCCUGCGAACAAAGGAGAAGCCCGACAACUUUUCGACACUGAAGGUCAUUGGUAAGGGUGCGUUCGGAGAGGUCAAGCUUGUCCAACGCAAGAAUGACGGCAAGAUCUACGCGCUCAAGUCACUGGUCAAACAGGAGAUGUUCAAAAAGGAUCAACUCGCCCACGUACGAUCCGAACGUGAUAUCCUCGCCGAGUCGGACAGCCCCUGGGUUGUCAAGCUGCACACAACGUUCCAGGAUAACACUUUCCUUUACAUGCUCAUGGAGUUUUUGCCUGGUGGCGAUUUGAUGACGAUGCUCAUCAAGUACGAGAUCUUCACAGAAGACAUCACGAGAUUCUACAUGGCGGAGAUUGUCCUUGCCAUAGAAGCUGUUCACAAGCUUGGCUUCAUUCACCGUGAUAUCAAGCCUGACAACAUUCUUUUGGACCGUGGAGGUCACAUCAAGCUGACCGAUUUUGGUCUGUCGACAGGUUUCCACAAGGAGCAUGAUGCCGGCUACUACAAAAAGUUGCUUGCUGGCGGCGCGCACAAGUCUAAUCGUGACAACCGAAACUCGAUGAACAUGGAUCAAAUCCAAUUGACAGUCAGCAACCGCACACAGAUCAACACAUGGAGGAAGUCGCGUCGCCAGCUGGCCUACUCCACUGUCGGUACACCCGACUACAUUGCGCCCGAGAUUUUCAGUGGCCAAGGAUACGACUUUGGCUGCGAUUGGUGGUCUGUUGGCACCAUCAUGUUCGAAUGCCUUAUCGGCUGGCCUCCGUUCUGCGCAGAGGAGCCCCAUGAUACCUACCGCAAGAUCGUGGAUUGGCCACGCAACUUGCACUUCCCACCGGACCAGCAGCUCGGCGCUGAGGCGGAGGACUUUGUGAGGCGCCUGAUCUGUGAUGCCGACCACCGUCUCGGCCGCAUUGGCGGAGCCAGCGAGAUCAAGCAACAUCCAUUCUUCCGCGGUGUCUCAUGGGAUGGCCUGCGACGCAUCCGUGCACCUUUCGAGCCUAAGCUGCAGUCCAACGUUGAUACACAAUACUUCCCCAUUGAUGAGAUUGACCAGAACGACAACAGCGCUGCCUACAGGGCACAAGCCGCGCAGUCUGGAGAGGACGAGUACGCCACCAGCCUUCCGUUUAUCGGCUACACAUACAAGCGUUUCGAUGCUUUCCGAGGUGCAUAGAGUGCUCGUCGACUGGUUACGACGAUACACUGCAUAAUUGCAUAUCGUUUUUGCAGGCUUUGGCAUCGUACUCAAGCAUCGCCUAGGCGUUGGGCCUCGUUUCCCUUGGACUCAUAUCUUACGUUGUCAUUCGGCACCUCAUUAGAAGUAUGGAGAGCCCGCGGUGCAGGAAUCAUGUGGGCGG